GUGAAAUUUGAUGGGAAUUGCGGUAAACAUGCGGUGACGGUCUGCAAUCUCGCCGGAGGAGAGAGCAGCUUUCCGUGAACAAUUACGCUUGAAAGAUGGCGGAAUUUAUUGCAACGGUGUCGCGGAGUCAGAGAAAAGCGAGUAGAGAUUAGAGUUCCUUUGCGAUAAAUGCUAGACGUUAAAGAGAAGCGGAAUAUCUCUGUCAGUCAGCGGGUGGCGGACCAUUUGGGACAGAUGUGAGAGCGGAGGUUGAAAAAAAUGGAAAAAGAUACAAGCCGCCAUUACCGGGCGUACGAGGGGUUCAAGGCUGCCAAUAACGGAAAUACUUCGUCGUUAAAGAGGGAAGCCGAACUUCCGCAAUCUCAACAGAGGCCGAUAAAGUGUCUCUGCUUUGGCGGAGUGCCGGACAAGGCGAGCCAUCAUUCCUUUUUGAAGGGAUUUGUCAUUAAUCUUGGAAUAUGCGCGCUUCUUGUCGCCUACACGCUGCUCGGUAGCUUCAUUUUCCUCGCCAUUGAGGGUGGCAGCGAAAGUCUGCACCAACGAACCUUGGCCACGACCAUCGCCAACAACAAUCAACCCAUGAGACGAAACACCACCGCAUGGUUUAAGCAGGUCAGUCACGAGGCUCGUUCGAGAACGGUGGAAAACAUGUGGGACAUUACGGAGAACCUAAACAUCCUGUAUCGUGAAAACUGGACGCGGCUAGCAGCACAAGAGAUCGCGAGGUUCCAGGAUCAGCUUGUGAAAAGGAUAAUGGAAGACAUGAUGGCCUCCCAAAGCGCCGGUUCUUUAGCUCCAGCGCACAAACAUGAUGGCGUCACAGAGCAAAGGGUGCCUGACUACGAGUGGAAUUUCGCAAAAGCAUUCUUGUAUUCUCUUACGGUGCUCACUACGAUCGGAUACGGAAGCAUCGCGCCUCGGUCGACUUGGGGCAAGGCGGCAACGAUGGGUUACGCCACUCUGGGAAUCCCGUUGACCCUCGUCUAUCUAUCAAGCGCUGGGGGACUUUUGUCCCGGUGUGCCCGUGGCGUGUUCACCAGGGCACUUUGCUGUUGCCUCUGCUCAAACUGCGGCUACUGCUGCUACGACGAAAGGAGAAUGCAGGAGAAAGAGAGACGCAUGAGAAAGAAACGCCAACAAGAGGAGCUCGCCCAGCAGCAGCAACAACUCCAACUUCAGGAGCCGUUCUACGUCAGGGCGAACGCGUCUGCCUUUUCCAGUGCCGUUGAGGUCAAGACCAGCCCGAAGGACGAAAUUUCUAGCCUGGGCUCAGGAGACAGGCCGAAUGUCACCAUUCUCGCCCCGAUUAGCAUCUGCCUUGGAGCAAUGCUGUGUUACAUCAUCGCUGGGGGCUUAGCUUUACAUAAACUGGAAGGUUGGGCUUUUAUAGACGCUUGUUACUUCUGCUUCAUGACCCUGAGCACAAUCGGCUUCGGCGACAUGGUACCAGGUUCCUAUCCACGUUACAACCCAGCCGAUUCCCGAAACGUGACAGUGUGGUUUUGCUCGUGUUACAUAAUGUCGGGAAUGGCGCUGACGGCGAUGUGCUUCAACAUCCUCCACGACGAGAUUGUGCAUCGACUGAAUCAUCACAUCGAGAAACAGGAACCUGUUAAAGCUUCUCAGAGCGUGGACGAACUGGCAACCGACCCGUUUUCCCUUACUUCGUGACAAUUUCCGGCCAGUACAAUCUGCCACAGAAACGUCACUGAAGAGACUCUCUGCGGCGACACACCGACGAGUAUAUUUGCCCACGAGAACGAGAUGAACAUUUUGAAGGACUCUUACAACCAGGUCGACGUUACAAGGGACUGUCAGCCUGGGCUGAAGAAAGAGGAACAAUUAAUUCCUAUUUCGGCUGUUUACACCCUUCCGGAAGUCGACGAAGAGGCGGAAGAAAACACCGAAAUGUGAAGGGUGGCGCUCAACGGAUAUUUUAACCCCCCAGCAAGGUUACCGAGCUUGGAUUUAGACUGUCUAUAAUAUUUCAAACUCAUACCUAAAACGUACAUAAAAAUUGUAAUAGAUCCGUACAAGUCAUCAAAUUUAAAAAAUGUUCCAACAUUUCUCGCCGUUUUUUAUUACUGUCAUUAUUAUUAUCACAGUACUACUGUUAUUCAAAUCUCUUCGCAUCAGCACGCUGCGUUUGCUUCAGUGCAUUUUAUUUUACUGGAUCAUUGUUGAAGCUGAUUAUAUGGAACGAAAGCCAAUUAGGCACUUGGUAUUUUGCGAUCACGUAAUUCGACUCACGAAUUUUUCAUUUGCAAAGUAAUCUUA